ACACCAUAUUCCAUUCUAAUCUUUACACUUUCUUUUUCUCACAUAUUCAAAUAAAAAUCCCGCGACCCUUCUCUUCAUUAUAUCAAAAUUCAAAUCUUUAUAUUCAUAUUCAUAUACUUUAGAUUCUUCCAUUGCUUUUUAUCAUUGGAGAAUUUCAAAAUCCAAAAGUAUAAAGAAAAAGAACCAUUUUGGUUUCUUUUUUUUUCUUCUUCUAAAUCAUAUAAACAUGAAGCUCUUAACAUUAUCUUAUUCAUCAUCAUCAUCACCAUCAUCUUCAUCAAACUUUAGCUUUGACUCAACAUUUUGCAGCUCAAAAACUGUUGCUGCAGGGUGUUUCACAACCAUUUUUCAUAGGAUUAGAGAGUUUCAUUCAAAGUUCAUUGUAAGUGAAAAAGUUCAAAAAUUUAAGACUAACACUCCUACUACUACAAGAACUAUAAUUUCUUCUUCUUCUUCUUCUGGUGUAGUUGCAAGGUUAAUGGGAUUGGAUUCAAUGGAAGAAGAUAAAGUUUCUGAAUCAAAACCAAGUUCACCUACACAUUGCAAGUCAUUGAACUAUGUGCCACAAGCUUUUCAUUUGCUUGAAAAUGAGAACUUUUUGGUGUUUAGCUUUGAAAGUGGAGGUGAGAAUAGAAAAUUCAAGUCCAAAGGAAGAAGAAAAGAGAAGAAAAGAGAAGUGAGAGGUGAAGUGAAGAGAAACAAGAGAGAAAAGGUGAAUGAUGAUGGUGAAUUUCAUUUUGAGAAGAGUUUGUUUAAGGCAGUUGGAAAUGGUGAGAAAGUGAAGAAGAGAAAGAAAGGAAAAACAUGUUGUGUUGAAGAGAAGGUUGAAAGUGAAUGUAGUUCAGAAGAUUAUAGUCCUGUUUCUGUCUUUGAUUUUGAGCAUGAUGUUUCAGGAACAGAGGAAGAUCUUUGUGAUGUUGAUAUGAGUUGGAGAAGAAAAUUGUCACCAGUACUUGAAAAUGACCAGCUAUUUAUUCUACAUUCUGAUAGUAACUUUAUGAAUGAAGAAGAGAGUAAAGUUAAGGAAAUUGAGAACAAUUUGAAUGAAGGAUCAAGGAAAAAAGAGAGGCAUAACAAUGAAUGUGUAGAUAUUUGGAUUAAAAUUUGCAAGCUAGUUGAUGAUGAAUUGGUAAGUGAAUUGCAUGAAGUCAAGAGGAAACAAAAUGAUUUAGAAAAUAUAAGUGCUGAUUUUGAGUUAGAGAUUUUAGAUGAAUUAUUAGAUGAAGUUAUAGAUCAAUUUGUUAGUUUUUGUUUGUAAUCUCAUGAGAGUAUUGCACAUUUAGAAUGUAAAACAAGCUAAGUAAAUUAGUAAAGAAUAAA